UUUUUGUUGUUGUUGUUUGGCUUGUUGUUUGAUUCUUUGGAAUUAACUUUGAUCGUUGAACAUUUUUUUCCGUUUUUGAUAAAUCAAUUGUGUUCACAGUGUGUGUGCCGCUGCUUUUUUUUUUAUUUGUGCGUAUGUAAUCCCUAAACUCGAUUUCCUUCCUGAUGUUUUUUCGAUUUCGUGUGUGUAACCUAAAUGUUCAAUGUAAUGUGCAGUUCAAUUUAUCUUUUUCGAUUUCGUUUUGCUGUUUGGCCAUCACACAUCGAGCAGCGAUGAUUUCGACGACGACGACGACAACGGAAAUAUACCUUUGAGUUGACAAAUGUUUUUUGUGUGUGUUGUUUAGUGAAUCAUUCGCUGAAUAUUUUGGUUUUUUUUUCGUCUUUGUUUAUUUUGAUUGAUUCUGAAUAUUAACUUAUCAUCAGAUUAUCAAUCAAUCAAUCCAAGAUGAGUGAAAGUAAUCGUCGACGUUUAUUUGAAUUAUUGAAAAUUGAAGGCAAUCAACGUUGUGCUGAUUGUCGCGAUGAUGGUCCUGAAUGGGCAUCAUAUACACUCGGUGUAUUUCUCUGUACUCAAUGUGCAAGCAUCCAUCGUAAGAUGGGCAUUCAUAUUAGUCGUAUUAAAUCGCUUAAAUUGGAUAAUUGGGAAAUAUCACAUGUACAAACAAUGGAAAAUAAUGGCAAUUGUCGUUCGAAUGUUUAUUAUGAACGUAAUGUUCCAUUAUAUUAUCGUCGUCCGAAUCCACAUGAUCCGCAUGUUUUACGUGAACAAUGGAUUCGUGCUAAAUAUGAACGUAAAGAAUUUGUCUCUGAACCAAUGACUUCCUAUGCAGAUGAUUAUUUGGAAGGAUUCCUUUAUAAACGAGGAAAAGAAGAUGGAAAAUUCUUGCCACGGAAAUUUGUUUUAUCAUCCGUCGAGGGAACACUUAAAUAUUUCAUCAAAGAGACAAGCAAAACACCGAAAGCCGUGAUUAAAGUUGUAUCGGCAAAUGUAACAUUUUGUACGAACAAAAUCAAUAAUCCAAAUGCAUUGCAAAUAUCCUGGAAUAAAGAUGGCUUCACACGAAGUAUCUUUGUCUAUAGUGAUUCUGGUAAAGAUAUUAUCGAUUGGUAUACGGCUAUCCGAGCGACAAAACUUCGCCAUCUACAAAUUGCCUUUCCUGAAGUGCCGAAUGAUGAACUGAUACUUUGUUUAAGUCGUGAUUAUCUUAAAGAAGGUUUCCUAUGGAAAACUGGUCCACGAUCGACGGAUUCAUAUAAAAAACGAUGGUUUAUUUUGGAUGAAAAUCGAAAACUGAUGUAUCUAGAACAUCCAUUAGAACCAUAUCCUAAAGGCGAAAUUUUUAUCGGUGAUUCUAGUGAAGGAUAUUCGGUACAAACUGGUAUCAUUAAUGGCAUGAAAGAUUUCGAACAAGGACAUUCAUUUACAUUGAUAACUCCAGGAAGAAAUUGGUGUCUAGGUGUUGAAACAGCGGAUGAGAUGCAACAAUGGAUACAGGCAUUAGAAUCAGUUAUAAAUCGGCGAUCAUCAAUACCCAAUGAUGCAAUGAAGGAAUCAACACGUAAUGAUCUUCGUGAUUCCUAUAUCAAAAGAAAUUCCAAUCUAUUGGAUCAAUUUAAAAGGAUAGUCAAGUGAAAAAAAUGAAAGCCGAUGAUGAAAAGCUAUUGAUGGCCAGUUGGUGCUCUUUUACUUCGUAUGAUUUUUAUUCAUAAUGAUGAUGAUGAUGAUGAUCAAACCAACCAACAACCGCAAAAGACUCAAUUAUCUUAUUGAAAUCCUUAUUGAUGAAGCAAAAAAAAAACUCUUGAAACAUAAUCUAAAAUGAAUUUUAUUUGUUGACGUUGUAGAAAAAAGUCAAUUUUUCUUUUUCAUUCUUGCUUCACGGUUCCUGAAUCACACACAAGUUAUUUGUCGAGAUUUUUCUUGUUUUUUUUGGAUGGAUCACCACAAGACCGGAACAAAUAAACUUUUUUUUCUGGGUUAUA